AUGCUUGCUUUCAAGAAGGCUCAACAGAUGAAGGAUUCGAAGGAUGAUGCUUGGGUUGCUAAUAAUGAAUGUGAAUUUUUAGUAAUAUGUCAAGAUGAAACUCAAACUUUAAAGGGUGAAAAAGGUUGGGUCUUAGAUUUUGCUGCAUCUAUGCAUGUUUGUAAUGAUAAAGAUUGUUUUGUUGAAUUAAAAGAAGAUGAAAAUUAUGGAAAUAUUAUUGUCAGUAAUAACGACAAAGUAAAGAUUGAAGACAUUGGUAGCGUUCGUUUCAAGCUUUACAAUGGUGUUGUCAAGAAGCUUUGUCAUGUGAGGUAUGUGUCGAGUUGUAGUCACAAUUUGAUUUCUUUGGGUGAGUUGGCUUCUCAUGGAUAUACUUACAUUGGUCAAAGAGAUGGAUGCGAAGUGUAUAAGGAUGAUGUUCUGAUUUUGCAAGGCAAAAAAAAUGAAAAACAACUACAUUUGCUUGAUGAAGGUGAGUGUCUUAAGAAAUCAAGAUAUAAAAUUGUUCCAGUUCUUGUUGUGAAAGAAAAGAAGACUAUCAAAUGA